AGGUCAUCGCUGCUAUGCUGACCAGAGAAGAAGAAGAACACGCACGACGUGGCACCGAACGUGAAGCCCACCAGAGCGGCCCAUCUUUGCGUGAACCCUUCGAGCAGUCCGCCAUGCUCGAGGUGCCGCAGACCCCGCAGACGGGCAACGAGAAGGCCGAGGAGUCCAUCGAAGGCAUUGUGAACCGCCUCAUCAUCCACGACGACAAACCGAUCGAAAACCUGCCCACGCUGACGGCCCCGGAGCUGAAGCUGAUUGGGCGGUGCGUCAGCCUCAGCACGAAACAAACGAUCAACGGCGUCACUGCCCAGUACUUCUACACAGGGCUGGUGUCCGCCGUGACGGCGACAGCCGUAGCCCUCAUGUACGUGAACCGCUACACGGAAGCCGACUUCAAGGUGUACGUGGAGCGAGAGAAGGCGCUUGUGCGAGCGGUGAACGCGUCCGCGCAGGAGAUGACCAGGCAGGCCCACCAGCGUGCCCGGUCGCCGUCCUCUGACGUCGAUAAAGAUCAGCACCACAUCGGUGGUCCUCAGCACGGCUACACCGCCGCGGGCGAGGUCGGCGUAGACCGCGACGGUGGAAUCACCGGACAGCGGGACGGUGCCGCCCUGAUGAACGUCGACGCCGCCGGCAGUCUCGCCCCUGCGGUGAAGAUGACGUUGGAGGGCGAGGACGAGGCCGAGGUGUUCCGCGGCGCACAGGAGACCGAGAUGGAGGAGGGCAGCAACGAGGGGCUGAGUGGCGGCGGUGUCAACGGGGCUGUGCCCACGCGGCGGCCACCGCACUUCCGCACCUCCGCCGCGUCUGCCGGACCACUCCCCUAUGUGAGCUUCCUUCGCAAGAGUAUUCAUGACGUGCGGUUUGGCCGCGACCCGCGCAGCAGCUUCUACGCCCUCUUUCAGGACCCCUCGAGGAAGCUGCUGGAUAUGCAGUACCUCCGCAUGUUUGUGCGCCGCUACAUCGUACAUACGAGCGAGAACAACAACCCACGCCAGGUGCCGAUGUACGCCUUCGUCACGGUGCGUGGUGCCUGCCCAGAGCUGGGGCACGAACUGGCAAAUCAAACUGUUCGAGAGGAGCUGCCGGGUUUGAUAAAGGCGGACCGCGCCAUCGAGAGGGAUAAGAAGCGCAAUCGCAACCGCGAAGUGAGACGUGAGCUGGCCAUUCAAGAGUACCGCGCACCUCCGGGUCUUUUCUCCAACACCGGUAUUCUCUACCUCACCCACACACCGCAGAGCACGUUUCUCUCGGCGGUUGUGGUGGUGUUCUUCACGAUCAUCUUUGCCGUCUUCCUCGCCGUCGUCCUCGCUGUCGUGGCCGACUCGUUGAUUGUGUCGUACCUCUCACAGGUCAUGCGCUACUUCAUCGCCUCGAUGUGCGUGUGGAUGUUGACCGGCGUUGCGAUCGGUUUGCACGCCAUCAAUAUGCACAUUCCCCUGCGCGACGACCUGCGGCUGAUGGUUACACGCGCCGUGCUGAUGUUGGGCGGCGUGGCCUGCGCGGUCAUGACACUGGUAAUGCUGCUGGGCAGACUCGUGAACCCGACACUGUACAGUUUUUUGGCAUUACGGGCCAAUGACCUUCUCUGUGGCUUCUACGCCGCACACCAGUGCAGCGGCUUCACCACGUCGUGCGCCGACCUCUAUUACACUGACAGUAACCUCUGCGGCACCUGCCCGCCGUCACUCAACUACUCCACCGUCUGCUACUACGAGCUGUGGAGUCAGCUGCAGGUUGUCAUCGUGCCGCUGCUCGUCUUCAGCGUGUUCAUUCUGCUAGCCUUGGUGUACUCCAGUUUCCAGUUUGUGAAGUUGUGGUUGCUGGGCCGCGCCUUGGGGAACUCGGCGCGCAGCUAA